AUGCCGCCGUACUAUUACCAUCUCAAGUUCGAGUUGUACGCGACCGGCGACCCGACGACCGACGCAAGUGCUGCCAAUCAAACAGUCGUCAACAACAGCGGCGACCGACCCUACCGAGACGAUAUCUGGAUACCCUCUCCCGGCGCGAGCAUCUUUGACGACUUGCCGUCCCAUCCGCGGAGGAACCGACAGCAGCCAAUACCGCACCGCUGGCAGCAGUGGAAGAGGGGGCUUGACAACGGGGUUUUUGGCUUUGGCGGCGGCGAGGACGGCGGUGGCUAUAGCGGAGUGAAGGGUAACGCGGCUGGGACGUACGGUAUUGCUGCUGCCGGGACGAACUCGCGCGUGAUUGACUGCGGUGCGCAGCGAGGCAGGACUCACGAAACCGACGGAUACGUGGGGCGGCCGAGCGAGAGGCGAGCUCGGGAACGGUCGCCUCCGCCGAGGGUCGCGGACGGGAUUGGUGCGGACAAGGCCGUUAAUGACUGGCGGUUUGGGACGGUAAGGAUCGAGAGCUUCGAUCUUGCUGCUGCUGAACUCACCGAGGAGGGGUACAAGGCGGGGAAUACCGAGACGGCCAGUAAGCGGGAGGGCGACAGCGUGAUGCAGACGGCUACGCCUGCGGCUAGUUUGGGGCCGAACUUGGGUGGGAUGGGGCUGGCGACCAAGGCGAGGUAUGUCCCGCUCGAGACGAAGAAUACCGAGGCUGGGUGGGGAAUCGUGCACUUGUAUCGUGAGCGGGAUGAGUCGAGUGCUAUGGCGGGAGCGCCGGAGGUGUUGGGUGGGCUUGCAGAAGGGGCCAGUCAGGGACAGGAUGGGAGCGCGGGCGACGACGAGGGCACGAUUCUGUGCAUCCCCGCUGUCCCCAGCUACAUGUCCCCGAGCGACUUCUUGGGUUUCAUCGGGGAGAAGUGGAGGGGAUAUGUCACCCAUUACCGGAUGAUCAUGACCAGCAGGAUGAGCCGCUACAUGGUCCUGAUGAAGUUUCGAGAUAACAGGAGGGCGAGAGAGUGGCGAAAGGAGUUCGAUGGAAAGCCGUUUGAUAGCGUGGAGACUGAAAUCUGCCAUGUGACCUUCAUCAAAUCGAUCACGGUCGAGACGCCAGGACAGACUAGCACGCAGCGAAAACACUCCGAGGGCAACAACGACCAUUUCUCGCCAACGUCCCCCGUCAGCUCGCUUAAACCCUUCCCACCUCCUACUCCGAACCUUAUCGAGUUGCCUACUUGUGCCGUAUGCCUCGAGCGCAUGGAUGACACGACAGGCUUGAUGACUAUACUCUGCCAGCAUGUCUUCCACUGCACAUGUCUACAAACGUGGAAAGGCUCGGGGUGUCCCGUCUGCCGGGCGACGAACCCUAAGCCUACCCAUGACUACGAUCUUGAGAACCCCUACUCUCAGCCCUUCGGCUCCGGUGUGGCCAACAUCUGCAACAACUGCAACUGCACCGACGACCUGUGGAUUUGCCUCAUCUGCGGCAAUGUUGGCUGCGGUCGCUACAACGGGGGGCAUGCCAAGGAGCACUGGAAGCUGACAGCGCACAGCUUCAGCCUCGAGCUCGAGACUCAGCACGUUUGGGAUUAUGCAGGCGACAUGUGGGUGCACCGACUGAUCCGCGACAAGGGCGACGGCAAGAUUGUCGAGCUGCCGCGCCACAGCAACAACACUAGCGACCGCCAGCCCGGGGGUGGCGCAGCCCAAGAGGAUGUCGUCCCUCGCGCCAAGCUCGACAGCAUCGGCAUGGAGUAUACGCACUUGCUCACCAGCCAACUGGAAAGCCAACGCAUUUACUUUGAGGAGAUGGUCAUCAAGGCGGCAGAUAAAGCGGCCAAGGCGUCGGCUGCGGCGGAGUCGGCGUCGGAUCAAGCCGCCGAGGCGCUGAAGCAGCUCGCUUCGCUGCGCGAGGAGCACCGCGUGCUCAAGAACGAGACGGUGCCCUCUUUGGAACGAGAACUCGCACGAGAGAAGAGCCGUGCGGCCAAGUCGGCGGAGCUGGCGCGCGGCCUGGGCAAGGCGCUGCAGGAGGAGAAGGAGGUCAGCGCGGGGCUGAUGAAGAGGAUUGAGCACCUCAAGGCGGAGUCGGAGGGGAACGGGAAGAUGCUGGAGCAGCUGAGGGCAGAGAACGAGGAGCUCAAGGAGAUGAAUCGGGAUUUAACCAUGUUUAUCAGUGGGCAGGAGAAGCUGAGAGAGAUGGAGAAGGAGGGGAUGGUUGAGCAGGGGGAGUUGGAGGAGGGCACGGUUGGGGUUGCGGAGGGGAGCGGCGGAGGGAAGAGGAAGGGAAAGGGGAGGAAGAGGUGA